UGCUCCGCAGCUGAUACACUGCCCCGCCGAACUGAACAAAACCUUUCUAAAACCCUUCGCCGGAAAUUCGUCUCCGACAUUUCUCCGGAAACUUCGGAUGUCAUCUAACGUGCACCGGGUGCGCAAUACUAUCAAGGUACAGUUUUCAUCUCCUCUUCUCUCUUCAUCAAAACCGCAUACCUCAAGCUUUUCACGAACCCUAAAAAACUCUUCUUCAUAUGCUUCUUCAAACAGUGACAGCUUUGAUUAUCUAAAUCAGUUUUUACCUUUCUGUAAUCCCAAGUCAAAUUCUUUGACAUUUAUAAAUUCAAAUGAGCGGCGGAAAAUCGUUUUGGGGUUGUCAAAACUUAUCAAAAAUCAAAAAGGAUAUAUCUUGAGAGGAUUUUCACAAAAAUUUUGCCCAUGUUUACUAGUUAAGAUAAUGAAACUAUUAGAAACUCAAGAGACGGCAUUUGCAUUCUUCAAAGUUGCAUUUCGCGAUGAUUCCGAGUCUAUAAUUCGGUCUUGUUGUGUUGCUGCGCAUAUUUUAGCGGCAGAGAGUCUCCGCUUUCUUGCACAAGAUAUAGUUACGUGGGUUAUAAGUAGAAUUGGAGUACGUAGGAGUAAAGAUUUUGUAGAGAUUAUGUGGGGGGGUCACCAUCAAUACGAAUCAGAUUUCUCUGUACUUGAUACGCUAAUGCGUGGCUUUUUGCGUGUGGAAAUGGCUACGGAGGCAAUGGAGAUUUUGUGUCGAAUGAGGGAAGAGGGAGUCAGGCCGAGCUUGUCUGCAAUUAGUACACUUUUCAACUUGUUGCUUAGAAUUGGUGAUUAUGGUAGUGUGUGGAAAUUGUUUAGGGAUAUGCUUGGUAAAGGGCCUAGGCCUUCUAAUUAUACUUUCAAUGUAAUGGUACUUGGAUUUUGUAGAAAAGGGUAUGUUAGCAUUGGUGAGAGUUUGUUUCAUGUGAUGCAAAAGUAUAUGUGUGUACCAGACACAUAUGUCUAUAACAUUCUGAUCAAUGCUUAUUGCAUUAGGGGGCAGAGUUCAGAUGGUCUAUAUUGGAUGCAUUUGAUGGUUGAAAGGGGCUGCAAACCAAACAUUGUUACAUUCAAUACACUUAUUGAUGCCUUGUGCAAAGAGGGAAACACGGGGCAAGCAAGGAAGAUUUUUGAUGGGAUUCAAGAUGCUUGUCUUUCUCCAAAUGUGGUAAUAUAUAAUACCCUGAUUAACGGUUAUGUUAAAGCAAGGGACAUUGGUCAGGCUAUCAUGCUUUAUGAAGAAAUGAAGAGCAGAGGUAUAGCUCCUGAUAGUGUAACUUUUAAUAUUUUGUUUUUCGGGCAUUAUAAAUAUGGUAGGGAAGAAGAUGGGGACGGGUUGUUAAGGGAUUUGUCAGUGUCGGGGUUGCUUCCAGAUUGCUCAUUGUAUGAUAUUACAGUUGCAGGACUAUGUUGGGCUGGUCAUUUGGAUGAGGCUCUGGAAUUUUUUGAGGAUAUGCUUGAGAAAGGAAUACCUCCAAGUGUUGUUGCCUUCAACUCUAUUAUUGCCGCUUAUAGCAGGGAAGGUUUAGAAGAAAAUGCUUAUGAAGUAUAUAAAACUAUGGAUAAGUUUGGUCUGACUCCUUCUUCAUCCACGUGCAGUUCUCUGCUCAUUGGUUUGUGCAAGAAGAGGAGACUGCAAGAAGCCUGGGAGCUUUUGUGUAUGAUGAUAAAGAAGGGUUUUCCCGUCAAUAAAGUGGCUUUCACCAUGCUUUUGGAUGGGUACUUUAGGAUGGGGGAUCUAGUGGGAGCUCAAAAUAUGUGGAAUGAGAUGGAUAGGAGGAAAAUGUUUCCUGAUGCCGUUGCCUUCUCAGCCUACAUUAAUGGACUGUCAAAGGCAGGCCUGGUGGAGGAUGCAUAUAAUGUGUUUUUAGAAAUGUUAACGAUAGGGUUUGUUCCAAAUAACUUUACAUACAACUCUUUAAUUUCUGGGUUUUGUAGCCAUGGGAAGUUGCAUGAAGCAUUGAAAUUGGAGAAAGAGAUGAGGCAAAACGGUCUGCUUCCAGAUAUCUUUACUGCGAAUAUAAUCAUUAAUGGCUUUUGCAAACAAGGCAGAAUGAAAUCUGCAAUUGAUGCAUUUAUGGACAUGUAUCGGACUGGGUUAGUCCCUGAUAUAACCACAUACAACACUUUGAUUGGUGGGUACUGUAAAGCAUUAGACAUGGUUAAUGCAGAUGAGUUUGUGAGUAAAAUGUAUGCCAAUGGUUGGUAUCCUGAUAUUACGACCUAUAACAUACGGAUCCAUGGUUUCUGCAAUAUUCGAAAAAUGAAUCGAGCUGUGAUUAUGCUGGAUGAGCUUAUUACAGCCGGUAUUGUUCCGAAUACAGUCACAUAUAACACUAUGAUGAAUGGUGUUUGUAAUGACAUACUGGAUCGAGCUAUGAUAGUAGCUGCAAAAUUGCUUAAGAUGGCCUUUGUUCCAAAUGUCAUUACUACUAAUACGUUGCUGUCCCACUUUUGCAAGCAGGGCAUGCCAGAGAAGACUUUGUUGUGGAGUCAGAAGCUACGUGAGAUUUCCUUCGAUUUUGAUGAGACUUCCUAUAUAAUAAUGAACAGAGCCUACAAUAACAUCAAAGGAAAUACUGAAUUUGCUAAAGAAACAUCUGGAAAGAGCCUCUUUUUGGACUUCCUCAUGUACAUUACAUAUGAUUAUUUAUGUAGAAACAGACCUCAUGGGAAAACCAGUCAGAGUCCUUUUAAACUCAUUGAAUGUGGUUCAAGUGAAUCCUGAAAGUUGACUCAUAGUUCUUUUUUUAGCAUCUUCCAUUCUCUGUGCCUCCCUGGAUCACUUGUGUAAUCAUGAAUUGGCAUAUGGCAGUCUCAGGACUACCAUGGCAUUCUGUGCACGUACUCUUCUGCAUAAUGGUGGUACAAACAGCAGCUCUGGUGAGAAGAGGUGAAUUUUUUCAUUUGAGAUGGUUUUACGAGAGAUUGGUGAUUUUAUUGAAAGACAAGAUUGUAAUUGAAAGUACUGCAAGAGCAAGGAAAUCGAAAGAUUUGGGGUAGAGCUAUCAGAGUAGCUGUAAUCCAUUGGGAAAAGUUGUCUGACGGCUCUUCUGGUGUGUUAGUACUUACAGGUGACUUAAUCAUGUUUUAUGGAGGGAGUUCCAUGAUAUACUAUGACAGAGUAGAUAAGUAACAGUUGGUGUUGCAAGUGGAAGAAGGUAUAUCUGCCCUGCGAUGGCAAACAAUUAUUGAAGUUUGCAGUGACAAUUCAUGUAGUGGCUACACUCUGCAUAUAGGCGGCUUUCCAAAGCAAUCAUAAUCAUGGGUAUAUCAAAAUAUCAGCAUUUGCCUGUUGCAACCAGUAGCAGACUAUGAGGAACU